AUUCGCACGCAGCAGCGCGAGGAGAAGAGGAAGAACUUGUCUGUGUCUCAGCGGGUGUCCGAGGACUCGCCAGGCUUGAUGGCCGCCGCCACGAACCCCUUCCUGUCGGUGUUUCAGUUGCCGAGCCUCCUUGCCGAGGCGACGGCGAAAAACCUGAAGCACCGGGAGAAGCAGAAGGAGCGAGAGCAGAAGGCUGCAAGCGCUGCCGCUGCCCGUGCCGCCGGCCCUGAAGAGGCGCCGGAAGUUCCGGUUGACUCCGAGACCGACGUGGACAUGACGGAGCUGCUUGGAGACUGGUGCCAGGCCAUGCGUGUGGAGAAGCCGAUCGCCUUG